AUGAUGAAGCAACUGAUUGCAUUGGCGUUUCUCUCUACCAUUUCAGUGGCUUCUUCUUCCACUAACUAUAAGCCCCUCUACUAUGACAGAAUGAUACAUUUUUCGCCGGAUGGCCGGUUACUUCAAGUGGAGUAUGCUGCCACAGCCGCAGAGAAUUCGUCACCACUCAUAGUUUGCCAAUUGGGUUGUUGUGACAACACAAUGGUAGCCAUGACGUGUUCACGGUCUCCGUCGAAUAGUGCCAGUAGUAGACACCACCAAAGACCCCAGGAUCGCUUAGUGGUCUUGGAAGAUACGGCUGUGGUGGCCAUGAGUGGAGUCCUGGCAGACAGUUUGGCAUUAUUGAAGCAGGCACUGAAUGAUUGGGAAGAUUUUAAGUUUGUGUUUGGAGACCAAGAUCGUCCAUCCAUGAUGCUCACCAAGAUAGCAGAAUCAAUAGGAACUGCUUGUCAUACCAAUUGUUUCUCAGGAGGAAUACGACCCUAUGGUUCAACUAUGCUCAUAAUGGGAAUUGAUAUUGACGGGGCGACAGGAGGGGAAGACAAAAGAAACGAUGCUACAGAAGCCUCCCAACCAUUUCCAUUUCGAAUCAUCCAGACUGAUCCUUCUGGUGGUGUCAAAUCAAUUCCUCUACAAUCCACUGACAAACAAAAAUCACAGCAAUUUUCUUCUUCCAGUGUUGAUCUUUUGAAAAUCACGGGAGGGAGCCAUGAUCUGAGGCUAAAGCUGGAAAAGGCCAUCCAGAAACUGGAAGAUGAUCCCUCAUCCACAAUGUGGGAACGAAUGCGAUCCUUGGCAGCAAUUCUCGUGGAAGCUCAGGAAGAAAUGGACAAUACUGCCUCAUUCUUUGGAUUGAAGAAACGAAAGAGACGCAAUAAGAAGGAUAGUACUGGUGAAAACCCAACACAGGCACGGCUCAACUACAAGUUCGAGGCAGUCAUACUGUCGAGUAAAUUGGGGAUCCACCGACUCACAGAGGAACAGGUAGACCAACUCCUGAAGGAAGUUGACUCGAUGUAA